CUUUCUUCUUCCUUUAGAUUUACUUCCUCUUCUCCAUUCUCGCCGGUCCUGUAUCCAAACUCCUGUAGUCCUCGCCGGAAUAUCUAAUCCGGUGAAAAGUACUGCAUCGUUCUCUCCGUCGCCGCGUUCGGAAUUCCAGUUGUAGACCAUGAGCGCCGUCAACAUAACCAACGUCACCGUGUUGGGAAACCCCUCCUCGUUUCUCAACCCUUUCCAGUUCGAAAUCUCUUACGAGUGCUUGACUCCCCUCAAAGACGAUUUAGAAUGGAAGCUGGUUUAUGUGGGAUCUGCUGAGGAUGAGACUCACGACCAGGUGCUCGAAAGCGUGCUUGUUGGCCCUGUUAAUAUUGGCAGUUACCGUUUUGUUCUUGAGGCUGACCCUCCGGAUUCAUCAAAAAUACAGGAAGAGGAUAUCAUUGGUGUUACGGUUCUGCUAUUAACAUGCUCAUAUAUGGGACAAGAAUUUGUCCGAGUGGGGUACUAUGUGAACAAUGACUAUGACGACGAGCAGCUGAGAGAGGAGCCUCCUCCGAGAGUCCCGAUUGAUAGGAUUCAAAGAAAUAUACUGGCUGACAAGCCUAGAGUAACAAAGUUCCCAAUCAAUUUUCAUCCUGGAAACAACGAGUCUGGAGAACAGUCCCCUCUCGUGCCUGAUCAGACCACUGAAACUGCUCUCAAUGAAGAAGAGCCUCCUGCCUCUCCUGAUAAAGUAUGUACUGAUAUCCUGUCUAAUUAGCAAAGUUAGAUAGCCCAAGUUGCUUACAGUCAUACAGCCUUCAAGAUUUCUUCACAAUAGUUGAGCAUUUUAUUAAAGAUGAUUCUACGAUGCAACUUUUUGGUGAAGUUGAGUGGCAUGCUGGGCAUGCUGUUAAUACAUUAAAAAUGAAAAUCAAGACAAAGUGGUUCA